GUUUUUGUGACUGGUCUGACUGACGUACACAGGGGGCUGUUUUACUGUACAGCAGGAGGACCGUAACUCAGCUGAAUGUUUACUUUUUAUUCACUUUUUGGAUGAUCGCCCUAAACAAUUAUUAACUGGUCUUGAUCGUAACUCAGACCCUUUUGGCUUUGUGAGUCAAUUCAUGACAAAAUGUGGGCGAGAUAUCUUGGAGUUUUUCUCCUGGUUUGGAAUCCACAAGUGCUGCAUGCACAAAGUGCAACUCAGCCUUGUCCUGCUCCCAGUCUGAAUGGCGGUUUUUUCCCCCCACGACAGUUAGCUUACAAUCAUGAAGCAACGCUCAGUUAUGCCUGUCAUGACGGACGUAAACCAGCAGUGAAGGGUUGGUGGGGGACCAGCAGGUGUAAAGAUGGCAAUUGGUCUCCUAAACCCCAAUGUAUAGAUGAAAAAGCCUGCACUCCACCAGAUUUACCCAAUGCAAGUUAUAUGGAAAACCAAAGUGGUUGGCAUGAAGAUGCGCAAACAAUCAGGAUAACUUGCGAUGAAGGAUAUGAAUCCAAAAACCGGGACACCACAGCCCAGUGUGUAAAUGGAAAAUGGUCCUCUGUUCCGGUCUGUCAGAAGAUUACUCAAUCAUGUGGUGAGCCCCCUAAAAUUCCCCAUGCUGUCAUCAUUAAUCGGGAAUACCAGGAGUUGUUUGAAGCAGAUUCAAAGGUUCAGUAUGAAUGUGAAGAUGGAUAUACUGGAGAGGGAUCAGAUAUCAAAACAGUCAUUUGCAUCUCAGGAAACUGGACUGAAGGCCCAACAUGCAACAGAAGACCUGAUACUGGACAUGACGGAUACACAGAGCGAGGAACAGGUGGGGGGCAGCCGACAGGAGGAGUCACCAACUGUGGAACAUACCCAAGCGUUCUAAACGGAGAUGUUGUGGUAGUGAGCGGAGGAUAUUUGAAAUACCAAUGUAGUGCCUUUUACAAACUAGAGGGUCCAGACACUGUGAUGUGUCAAAGCAAUGGCAAGUGGACAGAACCACCAUCCUGCAGAGACGCUUUCUGUGUCCUAGAUCCUGCUCAAAUCACCAUACCCAAUAUGAUACUAUCUACAAUUAAAUAUGUGAAGGAAGGAGAGGACGAGUUUAUUCCGUGUAUUUGGAAUCAUUUCUUCAUCCGUGUUCAGUGCGUUAACAGAGAAUUCAUUAUACCAACUGUUGUCAUAGCUCUGAUCAUCAGCGGAAAAAAUGCACGUAAAGCUCAGCAGAGGACUCACUGCUGGACUGAAAACAGAAGCAGAGUUGGAAGUAUCUUUCAAUUGAAAUGACUCACAAUGUGCAAGCGGAAUGUUCUUCAACAGUAAUCUGGUCUUUUUAUGAUUACAACUCAUGAUGCACUAUAGCAUGAUCAAUACUUUGAUGAAAAAUAAAGUUAUAUGGUCUGCUGUAGUCUGAAUAAACCGA